UCUCGUGAAAGUCUGAACUUGGGCACACUGCCGGUAAAAUUUUGUUUUAAAACAAUUCUGAACCAAACACUUUAAAAUCGGUCAAUAACAGCGUAUCGAUUAGAUUUAAAGUCGUAAAACUCACAAGGAUCCCGAAUCUCUCAUUAUGCCGAAAAAUGGUAGCGGUGGCAACCGAAAUAGUGCUCCAAGGAAGCGUCAGCCGGCAGUGCAACUAGAUGAGGAGAAUCCCAUUGUGCAGGCUUUUCGGAAUUACUCCGCCGAACUGACCAUAAAGCACGACCGCCACGAGCGCAUUGUCAAGCUGAGCCGCGACAUUACUAUAGAGUCCAAGCGCAUCAUAUUCCUUCUGCACUCAAUCGACUCGCGCAAGCAGAACAAGGAGAAAGUCCUCGAGGAGGCACGCCAGCGCCUGGCCAAACUGAUUGAGGUGAACUUUCGGGCCGUCGCGUUGGAGUUGCGAGACCAGGACGUCUAUCAGUUCCGUGGCGCCUACUCCCCAGGCCUCCAGGAGUUCAUCGAGGCCUACACCUACAUGGAGUAUCUGUGCAGCGAGGAUAGCGCAACUGAGAACAAAUGCGUCUCUGACUGGCAAGCGUUGCAGGCGGUUAUGCAGUAUAUAGAGGAAACCGGCAAAGCAAAGAGCGAGGACCCCGGCGUUCCGGAAGUGGAAGUGUUGGACGAGCCGGUGGUUGAGGAAGUGCCUAAGAAGUUCCAAUUCUUCGUAGACCCGACCGAGUAUGUUUUGGGACUGUCCGAUUUGACCGGCGAGCUAAUGCGCCGCUGUAUAAACUCAUUGGGCAGCGGCGACACUGACACCUGCUUGGAGACCUGCAAGACCUUGCAGCAGUUUUACACAGGGUACAUUAGUCUCAACUGCCCGAGAGCCCGCGAACUGUGGCGCAAGAUCACCACCAUGCGCCAGAGCGUUCUCAAAGCGGAAAACGUUUGCUACAAUGUGAAAGUGCGUGGUGGCGAAGCUGCCAAAUGGGGAGCUACUUUUGACCAAAAGCCAUCCGAGGAGGUGGACGAGGGUUUUUACUAACAAAACAAAAUGUAAUAUAAGCUUACAACAAUGGAA